CUUUUUGUUUAUUUUGGCAUUUGAUUUUGUUUUAUUUGUCGAUUGUGUCCUUAACGGGUUGCUUCCUUUUACCUAUUUCAAUUCCUUCUAGUAUUGAUUUUUUCAUUAUUGGUUAUGGUUUUUAAUUGAUUUUUUCUUUUUUAGACAUUUAAAAAUUCUUUUAAAUUAAACUUAAAAAUGAAUGGAAACGGAUGUAAUGGUUCGGGCAUUAAUGGUUCAGGCAUUUCUCCUACUCCAUUGACCGAGUUGUCAAGUCUUGAAGUGGCGGAUAUUCUUCAGACAAAGUACAAUCUCAAAAUUGGAGGGAAGGCCUUCGCAUUCGCUCUUGACUCUCUUCCGUAUUGUGAGGAUGAUCCGGUGCUCGUUAUAGACUACCUGCGUAUGGAUCAGGCUCGGAAAGCAACCAUCGUGAACUUUUUGAAGGAUAAUGGUGGUCAGGCUGUUGGGACUUCGGGCCAUGCAUUUCGAUUCGUGGAUUCGGAUGCUCUUUGGGGUGCUAAAGAUGUGUUGCGUCGCGCUCAUCCAGAGGUUUUCUAUAGUGUGACUGGUGUUUGGGAUGCAAAUGGACAGCAAGUUAAUUUGUCUCCAAUUGUGACUGCUAAGACCGUUCGUAUCAAAACAUGCACUGACAAGACUUGGGUUUUGUUGGAGGAUCCUCAAUUCUUUGAGUAUUGAUUUAAUUAUAAUGUAUGACACAAAUCUCGUUUUUGUUAAAUAAAUUUUGAUAUUUAUAAAUAAAUUAUUCCAUU